GUAAUAAUGUAAACUAUGCUGAUUUUUCUCUACUAUGCAUGUUAUAAAAAUUUGAUAUGGGUAGUAAACCAUUUUUGAUAAGAGUUUGGGUUUAUCUUACUACAAACCAAAUUUUACAGGGAAUAUUGUACUAAGAAGUCUGAUAGUAUUCGGUUAGAUUUAUAUUCCAAUCGUUCUUUCUUACACGAUCUGUUUUUUCAAAUAGACUUAUAGAGUAUACACUUCAAGAUUAAUCGUUCUUUAAGUUUUUUCCCUAUACCUUUCUUGCUUUUAAAAUAAAGAGGAUCUAAUACAUUGGUUUGGUUUUAUUAUAAAAUACAAAAAUUUGAAAAAUAAAAUGUUUUUGGGUUAUCUCUUAAAACUCAACCUUUAUCAAUUUGUUAAAACAGAAUAAUAUAACCUCUUAAAUCUUUUAAGUUUAAAAUGGUUUCAAAUGUUUAGUUUUAUUUAUAUAUUCAAACUUUCCAACUCAAGAACAUUUGGUUUACUUUUAAGUUUUUGUGUCCAAUGAUUUAAGUUUUUAGUCGUUUGGUUUCUAAACAAUUUUUUUUCUAAUGUGGCUGUUUGGUUUGAAGGUCAUCCUGUGACUCCUCAUAGUGGUGUGGCUUCAUAGUGUUUGAUGCAUGUCAAACAGAAAUGCACCAAAAAGUGUUUAUCUGAAUAGUUGUAUAACCAAGACAUUUCCUUCUGAUUUAGUUCUUUUGUUCUUCUGAAAGAAGAUUGAAUCGGCUAAACUCUGUUUGACACCUACCCAUUUUUUUUCUACUCCAAAAUAUGACCAAUUGAGCAGACUUUGAUUAAGGAAAGAAAAUAAACCUAAGUCAAACUAAUGCAAAAUAAGCACAUGUAUUAUGUAUAUGUUUUAAGGCUCACUUUAUCCCAAAGUUUACAAUACUCUUCUAAUUUUGUUCUUUAAUUUUAUACUUAAAUUUCAAUUUAAAUAUUUUUAUAUUAACGGAAUGCGGAACACUAGGCAAUUAGGGUGUUAAGUAUGACCCAUUGAGCAAAAAAUGAUUUUAACAAUGACAUGGUUUAGCAUUUCGAGUUAAGAAUACAUCUGUUUUUGAAUGCUUUAUUUGUCUAGGUGCUAUUUUUAUGAUUUGGAGAUGACUGCAUCUUAUUGGCUCACUUGGAAUUGUUUGUGCAGCAGAACCACAGAUUUUACAAUGAGUCAAAUGUUAAUGUUCACAUGAAUCUAAAAUCAGAGCCUUUCCAGAAAUCUACACUUUGUGUCCUCUCUCCAUGGCAAUGUACUGUUCGCAGACUAAUCAAAGUCAACAGUCAAACAGAUCGGAUCUCAAACUUAACACAUGCAAAAAACCGCAAUAAGAAAAGUAAAGACACGCGAUAUGUUGACGCAGUUCGGAAGAAAACCUUCCUAAUUUGCGGGGUUUCAACAGGGGAAACCCGGUCCCAAUAUUCCACUAGCUCAGACAAAAACAGUUUACAAUCAAGAUGGUUGCAAAGCAAUCAAGAUACAGUACAUGCAAUAGGUCAGGAAUACAACUCAAGAAACAAAUAAGAGAAAAAGUUCAGAGAUAACCGAAUGAAACCCUAAGGUUUCAGAAGAAGAAGAAGACUGCAGGGCUCCGUAUUCUGGAACUCGUCUAAAGCUUUCUUCUCAAUCCUCAGAUUUUCAGGCCUUCUCCUUUCUCUCUAACAGUCCUUGUUAACUCAGGCUUUCGCGCAGAAAACCAGCAGCGGAACAAAGCUUACAAAGUUCUCGACCUCUCUCUUUCUCGCUCUAGGGUUUUAGAAAAAUAGGCUCACAAAAAUGAAUCAGCUGAAGUCUCUGGAGACGGAAGAGGUUUUAUAUACAUAGGGUCUCCUAUGUAUAAAACCGACACUUCAGUUAUCCAAGAGGCCCAGCCCAGCAAAUAACCCGAGACCAAGAAAGGGAAGAAGAACAAUUUAAAGAGUUCUAAGCCCAGCCCAAAAAGCAUAUUACAAAUAAUAGAUUGCUUUGUCAUCCUAUCUAAAAUUGUAAAACUUAGCAAAUAAUUAGAGAAUUAGGAUUACUAAUCUCAACAAUUUGCCCUCCUAAGACUCAUUCUCACAUCAUCUUAGUUAUAAGGUAUCAUCAUAGCCAGCUUAUUAGAAAAUGGAAUCAGGUCUCACACCAUUCAUCAUUAACCCAAUUCUGG